AUGACCAUAAACAAGAGCCAAGGACAAACCUUGCAGAAUGUUGGCCUCUACUUGCCACGCCCAGUUUUUAGCCGUGGGCAACUGUAUGUUGCUAUAUCACACGUAACAUCUAGGGAAGGUCUUAAGGUCCUAAUUGAUGAUGAUGAUGAGUUCAGAUUGCACCGUCACCCGAACAUUGUAUACAAGGAGGUCGUACUCGGUCUAACGAUUCCUUUGCUUAUGAUUAAACGACAGAUGGCCUAUAACAUGUUGUCGGAGAUUAACCCAACAAAGUACAAUUGGCGUGUCAAGGAUGUACGCUUUACAUGCCAUGCAAGUAUAAGGGAAAUAGACAUCACAAAUGGUUGGUGGUACAAAGGUUGCAGUGUAUGUAAGAAGGGUUUGAAGGCAACACUCCAAGGGUUUGAAUGUGUAAACUGUGCUGAGACGGAGCCCGUGAUCGUUCCCAGCUACAAGCUAAAUGUCAUCAUCGAAGAUGCCACUGGCCGUGGGAAAAUAUUUAUGUUUGGAGGUGUAGCUGAGCAGGUCGUAAGGUGGACUGCUGCUGAUCUUGUGGAAGAAAGUUCGCCAAACCAGAUUUUAUUGCAUGUGGCCCUACGUGCUAUUGUAGGCCGCAGCUAUGUGUUCCAAGUAGUUAUCAGUGAGCAGAUUUUUAGGACAGGGCAGCUGUGUUUUCAGGCUAGAAGGUUAUUCAAUCCUCCAAGUGUACAUGAAAGCGUUCCUGCUAAUGUCACUCCCGGUAAUAAAGAAGCAAGUGAUGGGUCGUCCGAUGCAAUUACAGAGUCUGCCAUUCCUUGUGAAAGCACUCCACCUCUAAAUGCUCCGUACCUCCACUCCCCCAAAAAAUUCAUCCGCCAAGGGAAAGGAGGCAACUGGUGCUGUUCAUGA